AAUUCAAAAAUUCUGUAACAACAGUUUUGCAUCGCCAUCCAAAGGUCCCUCUCCUUCUGAUUCUUCUUCGUCUUCUCUCUCUACGAGGUAUACCUGUGUGUGUAUCAGAAAACAGAUUUUUUCAUAGGGUUGACGAUGGCGGUUCCAGUGGUUCAAUUCCCGAUCUUCGGUGUGGUGAGGAUCAUCGGAGCCAUAGUCACGCUUCUGGUCCUGACCUGGACUGUGCACUACAGAGGAGGACUAGCUCUUAUCUCCGACAACAAAGAUCUCAUUUUCAAUGUUCAUCCUGUGCUUAUGGUGAUUGGCCUUGUACUUCUGAAUGGAGAAGCGAUGCUAGCUUUCAAGACUGUUUCAGGAACAAAGAGCUACAAAAAAUUAGUUCAUCUCUCAUUGCAAUUCCUGGCUCUCUGUUUGAGCAUAAUUGGUGUAUGGGCUGCUUUGAAAUUUCACAUUGACAAGGGCAUUGACAAUUUCUACAGUCUGCAUUCGUGGCUGGGCCUCGCUUGCCUUUUCUUGUUUUGUAUCCAGUGGGUUGCUGGAUUUGUCACCUUUUGGUAUCCAGGUGGUUCAGGCAACAGCAGAACUAGGCUCAUGCCAUGGCAUGUAUUUUUCGGGGUUUAUAUCUAUGCCCUUGCAGUUGCUACAUGCACUACGGGUAUCCUAGAAAAGGCCACAUUCCUCCAAACCAACCAGGUUAUAUCUCGCUAUUCCACCGAGGCAUUGUUAGUGAACUGUUUGGGCGUCUUGAUUGUUUUUCUGGGUGCCUUUGUUAUUCUUGCCGUUGUUUCUCCUGUGAAUGGUAAACGUGACAAUCUCAGGGGAUCGACAGAGUAGGAAGCGUUAAUUAGACAAAUAAAAUAGGUGUGUAUUUUCAGUUAGAAAUUACAGGAUUUGAAUUUUCGUGUCAAUCAGCUAUUGCCAUUGCCAAUUAAAUAUAGGAAUCGAGGAGACCUUGGAUAUUUGUAACAUAUUCACAUUUGAAUUCCAUGACUGGUUUUCUGACUUGUAAUUUUGGGUUAAUUUGGCGGAACUGUUAUUCCAGCGCGCCCUUUGUCGUGUG